UGGAGCCAGAGCCACAGAGGGGAGAGCUGGAGGGCCCUGCAUACUUUGCAGUUCACAUUACUGGGAUGCUUUAAUGGAAGCCAGUCUUCCUUUGUGUGCAACCAAAAAAUAACGGGAAAGAGUCGCUUCAGAGUAACGAGUUAAUGCCCCGACUGCUCCACUAAAUUCCCGGCUAAUUAGAAGUUCUUAUUUCGGGGGCUGAAAGUUCCGAGCCGUCGGACAGUGCGACUGCCACAUACUGUGCAAUGGUCUGCCGGCUGCCAGCCUCAGCGCUCGUUUAAAGCAGGAGCUGCCCUCCAGCCUGUCCCAUGAGAAGGGACUAUGGGAAACGGUAUGUGCUCCAGAAAGCAGAAGAGGAUCCUCCAGGCUCUCGCCUUCCUAGCUGUAGUCGUUGGCUUGUUCUAUGGAGCGAUGCUGAACUAUGAUUUGCAAAAGCAGCUCAAGAAAGCGGAGACAGUAGCGCAGAAAUACCAGCAGCACCAGGAGUCCUUAUCAGCACAGCUGCAAGUGGUAUAUGAACACAGAUCACGCCUAGAAAAAUCAUUGCAAAAGGAAAGACUUGAGCAUAAGAAAGCAAAGGAAGAUUUUCUUGUCUACAAAUUAGAAGCACAGGAGACAUUAAAUAAAGGAAGGCAAGAUUCAAACAACCGGUACAAUGCCUUGAGUGUGCAGCAUCAAAUGUUAAAGAGUCAACAUGAUAAUCUAAAAAAACAGCAUAGUGAGCUCCUGACUGAGCAUCAAAAGCUAGGAGAAGACCUGACAAGGACAUUUAGUGACCAUAAAGAGAAAUAUAUUCAACUACAACAAGAAAAAGAGCAGGAACUCUCAAAGCUGAAAGAAAAUGUCUACAAUCUGCGUGAAGAAAAUAAACAACUAAGAAAAGCCCAUCAGGAUGUUCACAUCCAGCUACAAGAUGUCAAGCAACAGCAUAAGAACUUGCUCUCUCAGCAUGAACACGUUGUACUGAGCUUGGACAGCCACAAGAGUGCACUGGCAGCUGCGCAGAACCAGGUAGAUGAGUUUAUACGGUUAAAAGAAGCACUUAAUAAAGUGCCAAGUCUGCGUCAGACAGAACAAAACGCAUCCACAGUACAACAGCGGCUUAUUCCACCAACUGAAAGAGUCCGUGAGCAACCCACAGAACAAGAAUUACAGGUUAAUAAAGAAUCACAACAGACACAGAAUGAAGAUGAACAUGAACAGGCAGUCCAACAUAUAAGAGUGUCUAAUGAAGAGUCUGUAAAUGAGGUGAAAGAGAAAUCAGAUGAGGACACGGGUCAACAACAAGAGGCUGAACCACCCACUGAGCAUCCUGUGGAGGUAGAAGAGGAACACAAGAAGGAAUUAGAGGAGGAAGAGAUGGAGCAGGUUGGAAAGCCUGAACGUUUAGUGGAAGAUCAGGAUCAAAUGCAGGAAGAACAGGAGCACCACAGGCAUUCAGAAGAAGAACAAAGAUUGGAGGAAAAUGAGGAAGAGACCAACAUCAUGCAGGGAGACAACCAUGUAGAGAGUGAUCCAACCCCCAAGCCUCAAAAUCAUUUUAAAUCGGCCUAUGAGGAACAGCUGGAACAGCAGCAGUUAGCAGCCCACCGAGUUGAGAAAGCCAGACUCCUCCGAGAACACCAAGAGUCCCUCCACAGACAAAGAAUACAAGAACACUUUCUGCAACAGAAAAAAUUACACGAGAAAGACCUGGAAGUGCAGAGGCAGAAUCGCUAUAGAGAAGAACAAGUGGCUGACAGAAUGAGGAAACAAGCACAGUAUGAUAACAUGGACCACGAUAUUGUACAAGGUGAAGAGGAGCAGCACAUGCAAGAUGAUGGAGAAGCUUACGAAAAGGAUAAUCACCAAGAUGAAGCAGAAGACGCUAAUAAUGCAAAUGAGGAAAAUGGCAUGGAUCAGCGAGUUGAAAGCAGAGAGAAACAGGAGAAAACUGAUGCAGAAGAUGUCAACCCUGCGGACGAUCCCAAUAACCAAGGUGAAGAUGAAUUUGAGGAGGCGGAACAGGAGCGAGAAGAGAAUCUUCCAGAUGAAAAUGAACAGCACAGACAGCAACACCAGGGCCAGCCAGAGGGCCAAGAGCAUUUAGUACUGGCAGGCAACCCCGACCAGCAGGAGGAUAAUAUAGAUGAACAGUACCAAGAGGAACUAGAAGAAGAGGUUCAAGAAGAUCUUACAGAAGAAAGAAAAAGAGAACAACAUGGUGAAGAACCAUAUGGGGAACAUGUAGAAACUGCCUUGGAAAAGCAGAUUGGUGCGGAGAGGGAGGAAGAAGCUGACCAAGAGGAGCACAAAGAGAGGAAUGAAGACAACUAUGAAGAAGAAGAGGAGGAAGAGGAGGAUGGAGGGAAACAAAAGCAGAGAGCUGAAAUGUGACGACAUCCAAACCGGCACACACCACCUCAAAAUGCAAAUUCCAAGUUGGCCUUUUUUUAAAAAAAGUCUUGUUCAUUUUGUAUUUUUUAUAUCAGAUGAGGCAUUUAUAUAAAUUCUGUAUUUUAUAAUAUAUUGCUUAUUUUUUAUUAACAGUAGCCUUUUUUGCAAAAA